CCAGUAGGGGUGUCAACGUGACCUCUGGUCCGGCCCUGUCACAUCUAGCUGUGUUACAGCAUCAGCUGGAACUAAAAAUCGAAGCCAAAUUGAAGUUCUCGCAGUUCUUGGAUGAAGUGAGCAGCCAAGUCCUUUGCCCUACCAACCCGUUCGUGUUGUCCAGGCAAACGGAGUCCUCUAAGUCUAGCUCUUCCAUCUCCAGUCACAGUAAUAGCAAGUCCAGGACUCCAGACCCCCAACGGAAGCCAGAGGACGUGGAUUUUUCUCAAACCCCAGGUCAGCUGCAGAACAUCCAAUCAUUGGACGGGAUGCAAGAAGAACAGGGUGCACCAGAGACUAUAGGAAAAGCCUACCUCGAGACGGACAUCGACUGUGUGCGAAGGGAGGAUGAGAUAAAGGAAGUUAAGACCAAGAAAGAGACGGCCAUUACAUUUGAGAGCAAUGAGAGAAGAGAAGUUAAGACUCCUCCAGAAUGUCAUCCAAACCCCAUCCAGAGAAUCAGACCCUCAAGCCCGCUACUCUAUAGAGAGGAAACCCUCUCUAGAAACCCCUACCGAUCUGUUUCCCUUCCUAGGGACAUCAAUAUGGCUUCGGAAGAGGAGAUGCAGACCAUAAGCUCUCUGCAGGAACAGAAGGAAGACCUGCGGAAGCGUCUCUCAUACACCACUCAUAAGCUGGAGCUUUUAGAGCGUGAGUUUGACUCCACGAGGCAGUACCUGGAGACCGAGCUGCGCCGAGCCCAGGAGGAGCUCGACAAGUUCACUGACAAAUUACGCCGAAUACAAAGCAGUUACUCAGCACUGCAGAGGAUCAACCAGGACUUGGAGGAUAAAAUCCACCGAAAUUCGCAGCACCACGAUGAUGAGAAACGGGCUCUCAGCCGAGAAAUCAUCGUCCUUAACAAUCAUCUCAUGGAAGCUAAGAUGACCAUUGAGAAACUGAGAGAGGAUAAUGACUUGUACAGAAAAGACUGUAACCUGGCCGCACAGCUCUUGCAGUGCAAUAAGUCACACUACAGAGCCCAGUUAUCUGAGUUGCCUGCAGAUUUUCAGGAGCGUGUGAGCUUGCACAUGGAGGGUUCUUCCCUCUGCCACUCCCCAUAUGCCGACACAGUGCCUGCCUCUGUCAUUGCUAAGGUCCUGGAGAAACCAGAUGAGGUCUGCAGCAGUCAAGCCUCUCGUUCACCCAGCCCACAACCCCAGGAACGCCAGGGCUUCCUCGUGGGCACCAGCCUUGUGGGUAGCACAGAGCGCCUUGGCCUCCGAGCUACAUACAAGUCAGACCUGUACAGCAGUGACACAGCACUUUAUUGCCCAGACGAACGGAGACGAGAGCGCAGACCCAGCAUGGACCUCCAUGGACAGCGGAAGGUUUAUGAACCCCAGAACUCCACUGACAGCAACCCAGAAGAGGGAUCCAUGUCCCUGCAGCCUGGCUUCUCACAGGACCACUUCAGAAAGUUUACAACCUCCCUGGGAGGCGGCUCCAGCUCUUACUCCAGCUUUAGUGGAGGAGGGUCAGAAGACAAGGGUCAGGAUCCUCCGAGCAGUGCUGCAUCUUCUCCUCGCCACCAUGCCCUUUACAUGGACUGGAGGGAUGGGGCAGAAUACGAGCACAAAAGUGACUCUUCCUGGGAGAGGGAGAGUCCAAGCGCCUUCACAAAGGCUCAUGCUUUCCAACCACCUGAGACCAGCCACCAUCAGAAUGGUAGCUCACCCAUCUACAGCAGAACAAUGUCCUCCUGUUACAGUGAACCUUACGAGCCCCUGCCAACUUCCACCUCACCUAGCAUCACCUAUGGUGAUAGUCGCCGUGGAAGUGCUUUUGCUCCUGAGGAAGAAGAGCUGAUUGGUCGGUGGAGGCAACUGAGUGUGGAGGAUCUGAGUGCCCACUCAUACCGCAGUCCUGGGCGGGCCUCACCUUACAGCUUCUCUGAGCAACACUUCUCUGUCCGGCCUGCAAAAAUUCGCCUUGGUCCUCUCUACAGUAGCUUCCAGGAGGGCACUGAUGUGUACCACCAUCAUGCUGGAGUAAUAGACCCCUUCUCCAGCCCCAGCCCUGAUUGCAGCCCAGGCCUUCGGCAGCAGCAAAGCCAGCCUCACCUAUACCGCUCCAAGGAGGAUAGCCAAGAGUCCGAGCACAGCCUCUACAGCCCCAAGGACGGUGUGGUGGCAGCUGGGGGCCAGGCAACAGAGUAUGUUGACGUAAGUCCCAACAGUUCAAAUGAGUCACUGGACCAUGGAUCUCUGGAGAUGGCUGCUGAGCUGCAGCAUUAUCAACCUGAGAGGCACAGCGUGUCCCCUCAGGGAACCACCCCACCACCUCCUCCACAACAACCGUACCAAAAAUUUGGCACACUAGGGCUGUCACGCAAGGACAGUCUCACCAAGGCACAGCUCUAUGGAACUCUACUAAACUAAGAGCAGGGUUUCCUGGUUACCCUUUUACAGCUCUGUGGUACUCUACAAAACUAAGAGCAGGGUUUCCUGGUUACCUGCUCUUGUCAGUAGGCUUUGAAUGUUAAGCUACAGUUUGAGCCAAACACAUGAUGGGAUUUUCUGUUGAAUAUUUUCAGUCCAUCAGCUCUCUUAUCUUUUUUCUCUCUAUUUCUGUAUCUGUUACAGUGUUUUCUAAACAUCAAACAUGAAUUGCUCAUGUUUCUACAGUUGAUAUGAAGCUCUAACUCUCAGCACUAUUUGUAUAGCAUAUUUUGAAAGUUUAUUAAUGGUUCUGUGUGGUUUGUGAGAAAGUAUUUUAAGUGCAUUAGGUGCAUUAUGAAUUUUUGGAAACUUGUCUUCAGAGAGAGGUUAUCUUUGUUUUACCAAAAGCCUUCUGGGCUCAAAAGGGUUUGUGAAUGGACAGCACAUGCUAUGUAAAAAGAAAUGCUAAUUUUGACAAGAAAUUCAAUCUUUUAAUAUAUAAUUUAUGAAUAGCUGUAUUUAUUGUUAAGUAUGCUAUAUCUAUAAUUGUUUAAUAAAUGUAACACUAUGGAGAGACUGAA